AUGAAAUUAACUUAUGAACGUUUUAAAAUAUCUAAAAUCGAAAAUGAUUUUAGUACAAUUAAUGAAGAUGAAAAUACAAAUGAUAUAAAAAAUAAUGUUGGAAAAACAAAAAGUUUUGGUAAUUUUGGUAGAAAAAUAUCAAAAUCAAAUCAAGAAAGAAAAUUUAGUUUAGCUCAAUUAACAAAAGAAGCUUUGCCGCGAUUAGAAUAUUAUAGACAAUCAAAAAGAUGGCAUAAAAGACCGUCAAUGGGUGAAUUGCAUGGUGAAGCUGAAGAUCAAACUGAUGGUGCAGCUCAAGAUGAAGAAAAAGGACAGGGACAUGGUGGACAUAUUAAAUUGGGUUGGAUUAAUGGUGUUAUGGUACCAUGUUUAUUAAAUAUAUGGGGUGUAAUGCUUUUUUUACGUCUCAGUUGGGUUGUAGCACAAUCUGGUAUUAUACAAAGUUUAAUAAUUAUUGGAAUAUCGACAGUAGUUUGUGUUAUUACAACUUUAUCACUAUCAGCAAUAAGUACAAAUGGUGAAGUAAAAGGUGGAGGUGUUUAUUUUAUAAUAUCAAGAUCAUUAGGUCCAGAAUUUGGUGCAUCAAUUGGAGUUGUAUUUGCAUUUGCGAAUGCUGUUGCUGCAUCAAUGAAUACAAUUGGUUUUUGUGAUUCAUUAAAUGAUCUUUUAAAAUCAAAUGGACUUAAAAUUGUUGAUGGUGGACUUAAUGAUGUUCGUAUUGUUGGAACAGUAACAAUUUUACUUUUAGUACUUAUUUGUUGUGUUGGAAUGGAUUGGGAAUCAAAAGCACAAAAUUUCUUAGUUGCAACAAUAAUAAUAGCUAUUGUAGCAUUUCUUGUCGGAUGUGCUAUGGGUCCGAUGGGUGAUGUAGAAAAAAUUUCUAAAGGAUUUACUGGAUUUUCAGCCCGAGUUUUAGAAGAAAAUCUGUUUGCAGAUUAUCGUUUUAGUGAAGGAUUAAAUCAAAAUUUCUUUACUGUUUUCGCAAUAUUCUUUCCAAGUGUAACUGGAAUUCAAGCUGGUGCUAAUAUUUCUGGUGAUCUUAAAAAUCCUGCAGAAGCUAUUCCAAAAGGAACAAUGUUAGCUCUAUUAAUUUCGAUGACAAGUUAUGCAGUUUUUGUUGUAUUCGCUGGUGGUGCUGCUCUUCGUGAUGCAAGUGGUAUUGCAAGUGAAGUAUCUUUGGUAAAUGGUGAAUGGACAUGGGAUUUCGAAUGUGCUAAAAACAAUACAUGUGAAUUUGGUUUACAAAAUUCAUAUUCAGUAAUGCAACUUAUGUCAGCUUGGGGCCCACUAAUUUAUGCUGGAUGUUUUGCAGCCACACUUAGCACAGCAUUAACAAAUCUUUUAUCGGUACCACGUUUAAUUCAAGCACUAGGGGUGGAUGAAAUUUAUCCAGGAUUCAUCUUUUUCUCAAAACCUUACGGAAAACAUGGAGAGCCAUUCCGUGGCUAUGUUCUUGUUUUCUUAAUUUCUGCAGCUUUUCUUUUAAUUGGUGAAAUUAACGUGAUUGCACCUUUAAUAUCAACAUUUUAUUUAGCUUCAUAUGCGCUUAUCAAUUUCUGUACAUUCCAUGCAGCUUUUAUCAAACCUUUAGGAUGGCGUCCAACAUUUAAAUACUAUAAUAAAUGGUUGAGUUUAACAGGAUUUUUCUUGUGUGUUGCCAUCAUGUUCACUAUCAAUUAUAUUGCAGCCAUUAUUACAUUUGUGGUUAUAUUCGCUUUAUAUCUGGUCGUUGUGUAUCGAAAGCCAAAUGUGAAUUGGGGAUCGACAACACAAGCCCAAAUGUUCAAAAGCGCCUUAUCAGCAGCUCAGAAACUUCAAUCGGUUGAGGAGCAUGUUAAAAAUUAUCAUCCUAACAUUUUAGUUUUAGCAGGGGAUCCUACAAUUAGACCACCACUAAUUGAUGUGGCACAUUUAAUCACAAAACAUAAUUCGUUGAUGAUAACUGGAAAUAUACUGCCCACAAGAAUUGGCUACAAAAAACGACAAGCACUUUUACAAGAUGGAAGACAAUAUUUAGCAGCCAGAAAAAUUAAAGCUUUUUAUAAUGUAAUGGAUGGUUAUUCUUUCGAAGAUGGUUCUAAUGCUCUCAUCAAGGCUACUGGAUUUGGAAAAUUGGCUCCGAAUAUAAUUUUAAUGGGAUACAAGUCUCACUGGCAAACUUGUCCUAAAGAAGAAGUUUCAUCCUAUUUUAAUGUUUUAUACCAUGCAUUCUCUUUAAGAAUGGCAGUAGCUAUUCUUCGAUUACCCAAUGGAAUAGAUUUUUCAGACUUACAGCAAUAUAUUGAACCAAAAAUAUCUUAUCCAAAUGGUGCAUUUACAAAUCCAGCUUUUAGUGAUUCAAUAGAAAACGUUUCAGCACCUGCCUUGAAUGUACCAAGAACUUCAGAAAUUUUCCAUGUUGAUUCAAAUCUUAAUAUUGCUGGAAUGAUUAGUUCAUCUUCAACAAUAUCAAAUAAUCAAUCAGGUUUAAAACCAAAACUACCACCGAAAAUUCCCAAAUGCGAUGUAGAAAUUUUAUAUGCAACACGUGGUGGCUCUGAAGUACCCAAAAAAGUUAUGGACGCUUUAACUGUUUUUACUAAAAAACAGGAACCAAAAAGUACAAUUGAUGUAUGGUGGCUAUAUGAUGAUGGAGGCUUAACUAUGCUACUACCCUACAUAAUUUCACAAAGAAGUACAUGGCAAAAUUGUAAACUUCGUGUAUUUGCCUUAACAAAUAAAAUUUUAGAUCAAGAACAAGAAGAAAAGAAUAUGGCUGCUUUACUUUCAAAAUUCCGAAUUAAUUAUAGUUCUUUAACAAUGUUACAAGGUGUAACUGAUAUGCCAUCACCUCAAACAGUUAAAAGUCAUGAAAAGUUACUAAAAGGCUUUCAAGAUCGAAAUUAUCCAGAAUGUUUCAUUUCAGAAACAGAAGUAGAAGGUUUAGCUGAAAAAACGAAUAGACAACUGAGAAUUCAUGAGUUAGUUGUAAAACAUUCAAAAGAAGCUGCCCUUAUUGUAAUGUCACUUCCAAUGCCAAGAAAGGAAGCAAUAUCAGCUCCAUUCUAUAUGUCAUGGUUAGAAAUGUUAACCAGCGGAGUCAAUUGUCCAUUCCUAUUGACACGUGGUAAUCAAACGCCAGUAUUAACUUUAUAUUCCUAAGAUCACUAUUAUAACUAUGAUAAGAACUUUAAAACAUUGUAAGGUAAAAUAAAAAAAAAAAAAAUUAGCUCAUGCCAGUGAUAUUUUAAUAAUUUCAUACUUACUCAUGUAAUAAUUCAAAAUUUUAGAUUUAGAAUAAUUAUU